AUGUGGACAUUCGGCUCGGCGAUUCCGCGCAAAGUCGAAGUAACCAAUCCUGCAGACACGGACGAGACGCUGGCGAUGCCGACAAAGAGAAUCGAGGUUCCUGCUCGACCACACCACGAAUACUUCCGGGAGAAAUGCUUUCGUUUCGGUGUAAAGAAGGCCAUGGUCGACGUGAAAUCGGAUCAUCCCCUGACGUUCCUCGAGAUCUUGGAGAAAAUAGAAAACUUUGCUGGUGCGCUCCAGUCCUUCGGGGUGCAGCCUCGAGAUCGUGUCGCCUUGCACGGCAAUAACUCCAUUGACCUCUUCGUCGCUCACUUAGCUGUGCAGUUCGUGAAUGCGACCGUGGUUCUCUGCAAAACAAGCCUUACGAUUCGAGAGUUGCUGUACCAGUGUGAAAUGUCGGAUGUUAAAUUUAUCAUCACCGAUAGUCAUGCAUAUGAAACCGCCAUGGAGGUUUCUAAGCAAUCAGCCGGCGUUGAGAUGGUGAUCUUCGCUGAUAUGCACAAGGCUCCGGAAGGAUACGAUGAUGUGAUGACUAUGAAGGGCAUCCUCUCCGAACGUUUCAACUUCGAGCCCCCGGACGAUGUCGAGCCGCGCGAGGACUGCAUCCUGAUCGCGUUCACGUCAGGAACCACGGGUCUACCCAAAGGUGUGCUGCAUACGCACUUCUCUCUUCAGGCGCAGUUCGAAUGUAGUGGGGAUGAAGGCGCCAAAUUGAUCCGAAGUACAGACGUAGUUCUCCAGUGGUGUCCCAGCAGUCAUAUAUCUGGCGCGGUUCUGCUGCCGGCGGCUGUUGCAACGGGUGCUGUCUCCGUCAUCGCAAACGCGAACCCCGAUGCUGACGAUUUCGUAGGGAUCUGCGAACGACAUCAGAUUUCGAGCGUGAUGGUAUUCCCCGUCGUCUUGAGAAAAGUGAUCGAGGUGAUGAGAGCGAAUCCCGGAACCUGCAGAUCGUUGAAGCAUGUUACAGCGGGAGGAAGCGUCGUUGCGGUAUCGUUGUCAGAAGCACUCAUUCAGCUUCUGGACCUCACGAGUUAUCGGAUUCUAUUCGGUAUGUCUGAAACGCUUUUGGCCGCCAUGACCGAUGAGAACAAACUCACUGUGACCUCGAUUGGGAGACCCUUCCCCAAUACGGAAAUGAGAAUAUUGGAUGUGUCUACAAGAACAGCAUUGCCACCAUUCGAAAAGGGAGAACUAGCGAUUCGGGGCGAUUCCGUGAUGAAGGCAUAUGACAAAAACCCCGAAGCAAGUGCUGCAAUAUUCAUCGAGGACGGUUUUCUCCUAACAGGUGACUACGGCUAUUGCGACGACCAAGGUCAAUUCUACAUCUUGGAGAGAUUGAAGCAAAUGAUCAAGUGCAUGGACAACCAGUUGGCACCAGCUGAGCUGGAGGAUUUCCUCAUGCAACACGACGCUAUCAAAGAGAUAGUUGUCAUCGGAGUCCCUGACGAGAUUUACGGAGAAGCUCCGACUGCGUACACGGUUCUCGAUGGAGGGUACGAAGCGACAGAAGAACUGAGAGAAGAACUUCAGAAUAUGAUCAAAGAUGAAUUCGCCGUUUAUAAGCAUCUCUACGGAGGACUCCAUUUCACCGAGAGCUUGCCGAAAACCGACAGUGGGAAAUUCGCUCGGGCAGAAUUGAAGCUUCUCGUACUCGAAGGGAAACUAAAUGUGUUUUAAUUGUGGGAGAAUCCCUAUAUGUACGAGUGCACAAAGAUUUUAUCGAUGGAAACUUCUGUGAGACAUCUUCUCGCUGCCGUGCGCCAAUGGAUGCAUAAUAGCGUCAGCUUCCCCUCCGAGCUGGAAUACUAAGUGAAGACUUAAUCCUGAGUCGACUGGUUAUCGCUGAACUCUUCCAACCACGAGCUCGGCCCUCUUCGCUCCGCACUCUCGGUCAUUCCCAGGCGGUUACUAUUCGUUUGACUUGCACUAACAAUACGUCGUUAGUCGUAGUGCUCUCUUUUAUGAUAGUACUAG